UAAUGAUCAGCCAACAAGCUAUCUAAUAUUUCUAUUCCUAUUUUAAUAUAUAAUCCUGUCAAACCUGACUUUCUACCGUUAUAUUUUGAUCCAGAAUGCCUGAUGGAUUGGACGAUGAUGACUCUCAGCUCAAGAGUUUAAAGCUGUUUGGUUUAGACUAUGGGAAAGUACCAUGUAUGAAGCAGUCCUUGCUUACUGGAAUAGGAAGUGGUCUGGGCAUUGGAAUUGUUUCCUUCUUGAUGACAAGCAAUCCAAGGCGUGCUACUAACUAUGGAUUUGGAUCUUAUAUUGCUAUCACUAUGGGAACAUGGAUAUACUGUAGAUAUCGGUGGUCACAGCAGCGGUUUCAGGCACGGAUGUUAAAGAAAGGGAUUGAAAACAAACUUUUAUAUGAAGGGACCGAAUUUGAAAAACAAUUUGAAAAAGACAGUGAGGAAGUAUGACAAAAGUUCUUAUGAAUAUAAGACAAUGAAUUAAGUGCAAACAAAUGUGAGAGGACUUUCUUUAGGGACUUUGAUUCACAGGACUUUGAUUCACGUGUCUGAGGCAAAGAUUUGGCUUUGGAGCAGUCACAUCAGUGUUUCUCUAGAUAUUGGGUCGUGUGAAUAAAGGCUAAAUAAAUGCAGAUGCUUUUACUAAGACUAGUAAAUCCGUUUAUGCUUUUACUAAGAUGAGUAAAUGCUUCAACUUAGUCUUGUACAAUAAAUGCCUAGUGUAAAUGCACAUUAAGCUUUUGAUUAAAAGCAUUUACUAGUCUUUAUUCAUAUUAUCCGUGGUCUGCUUUGUGUGCUGACAAUUCCAGUUGGCGUUUGAGUCCGUCGAUAGCUGCUUCAUACAGAGUUCAAUCCAUGUGUGUACAUCAAUUCACCAUUGAAGCUCAAAUGUUAUGCUGCAGUAUCAUGUGUGCUCUUUGUAUUUUAUACAGUUGAAUGAUGUGUGUCUUGGCAGAUUUUGUUUGCUAUGAG